GCCGGAUCAAUAUUCCUGCCGGACAGAGUGCGUUGACAUUGCUGAAGAGUCUGCGGCCAGGUGUUACCAAACGCUAAGAUUUCUUAGCGUGGAGCCGCAGUACAGUGGCCGCCCGCUCUUCCUCGGCUAAAGCACCGAGAUAGAUUGGAGACAUGUACAGGCGGCCACUGCAGGCUGCCAUCCGGAACGUCGUUCACGCGUCAGCCAGCAGAGCGGCUCGCGGAAAGGUCUUGGAAAAAGAGGCCUGUUGUGGAGCCAUGGCAGCCUGUCAGUUGACCACAGCCAACCCUCCCCAGUGGGCGUCAUGCCGGCCUCUGCACACUGCCACACAGCUGUGCAAUGUGAAGGAGACACAGCAGCACUCGGAGGAGGAGGUUGGGGCCUUCACCAAGUUCAUUGAAGCCAUGGGUUUCACAGCCCCCCUGAAGUAUAACAAAUGGAAAAUCAAGAUUGCCGCCCUGCGCAUGUACACGUGCUGUGUGGAGAGGAUCAACUAUGACGAGUUCUUUGAAAAAUGCUCCCUUCCUGACACACUCAACUCCUGGUUCCUCAUUGCUCAACUACACGUAUGGAUGUGUCUGGUCCGGAUGCGUCAGGAAGGCAGAGAAGGAAAGUACAUGUGUCGUUACAUCGUCCACUCGAUGUGGGAGGACGUGGAGCAGAGGAGCAAAAUCAUGGGGAUAGAUGCUGUUCACAGGAAGGAGGCCAUGAAAGCCAUGACGGAAACCUUCUAUGCAGCCAUAUUUGGAUAUGAUGAGGGAAUCCUGUCUGAUGACUGUGUGCUGGCUGCAGCUCUGUGGAGAAACCUGUUCAAUCGACAGUGUGAAGACCCCCGACAGCUGGAACUUUUAGUGGAAUAUGUGCGCAAACAGAUGCAGUUUAUCGACUCUCUGGAUGGGGAAGACCUGCUGCUCACAGGAGAGGUCAAGUGGCGCCCCCUGGCGGAGGAGAAUGCACAGAGCAUAUUGAAGGUGGUCAAGCCAACAUAUAAUGACACAGGCCUGUAGGAUGAAGAAGGCACCUCCUCUUCCUCACCUCACUUCCUGUUUACUCCACUCAAGUUUUUUUUUCUGUUGCUGUGUAUGAUUUCCUGCUCAUCAUGUAACCAGUAAAAUCCAAGCUCUCCA